AUGCAAUCCUUUCCAACUAAUACUGCAUUCUCUCUGUUGCACUCCAGGACUCUUGCAGGCACCCUGAGGCCCAGGGAACACUUGCGGGUGGCGGGCAGUAAUACCGCCGUACACAUGCGUGCACAGUCACACUCACCGGUACGCAGUGGCAACCGAACGACACCCGUACUACGAUCACCCACGCGAGCAUCCAGUUGUGAGAUGUCACUGGAAACACAGCAACCGAAUCAGGCUGAGGGAGGCUUGACAGGCCACCCUGUGGGUAGUUCCGAUGCAGGGAGGAAUUCGUACGACAGGUUGUGCAAAACUGGGCUAGAUUUGUCCGACCGGUUGGGUGAGAGGAGUGAUGAAUCUGAUAUGUUAUCGGAUAGGUCCGUGAGGACAGGAAACCGCGCAGAGGUCGAUGCUGAUUAUAGUGUACGCCCGCGAGUGAGCGUCAAAGCAGAACCGCAAUGUAAGACCAAUCGACACCCCGAGGAUUUGUUGGACAAUAUGGAUACUGGCGAGAUGGAUAUUCGUCGUACAACGGGGCUGAAUGUAACGUACGAUGAACCUAGAGUCGGCAGUGCGGCACAGUGCGUACGUCAGACAGGGAUUGGUAUGCGACAGUCAGAGGGUAGUAUACGGCAUCUAAUGGAUGAUAUACGACAACCAGAGGGAACUGCGAAAGUACCGGUAAUUGCAAUGACAGAGCCCACAGAGGUGACGGGGGCCAUAGUGAACUGCAACAGGGGCUACAAAAGGGCCAUAUCCGGGGCACCAAUUACACCAGGAGUGGGUAGUGACGACGGGGAUGUAUGCAUGGGUAUCAAGGAGGAGAGUACUGUUAAAAGUAUCAGUUCUACUCACCGAAAGCGACGGAGGGUUACCUUCGCGAAGAGCGUUGUAUUCAAAUCGCAGAGAGAGUAUACUGAGCCUGGCGAUGAGACUGACCACAUAUCGCGCGCGGAGCAGUACAAAGACACCGCCAAGGCCCUCUCUGAGCGCCUGCAGACAUCUGGACGUCAUCUGCUCGCGCUACGGCUGGCGUUGCACCUCUCCAGCGUAUCAGAAGAGUACUUCGUCAGCGGCACGCUCUUCACCACCGGGACAACCCAUGCCACCUCCCACCACUCACAUCGCUCACCCCCUGCCCGAACUUCGGGAAGCUUCCGACCCGCGCGGGGCUCCCAUACGGCCCAUCGCAGCACGUUCACUCCUGACGUGUUUGUGGUGGAGUGUGUGCGGAUGUCCACGGGUGAAGUGGUGGGGAUGGUACUCAGAGAGCGCGUGCUGGAUUUGGGCAUGUGUGUGGCGUACGGCCUGGCGCAUACGGAUGCAUUCAACACUAACUUCAGGACCUUAAUCAAGUAA